ACAAAUGGAGGCUCGGAAUCGAUUAUUAAAAAAGAUACUCUAUUAUUUAUGCAUGGAUUAUUGGGAAGUAGUCAGAAUUAUGUCUCCCUCAUCAAUAAUUAUCAUCCAGAAUUAUUGAAAGGAGAAAGAGAAGCCUUCUUGAUGGAUUGUAGAAAUCACGGAAGAAGUCUUCAUACUAAAUCAAUGACCUACGAUGAUUUGGCUGAUGAUAUUUUGAAUUUAUGUGAAGAACAACAAUUAGAAAAAGUAAACCUGGUCGGACACUCCAUGUCUGGUAAAGCUAUCAUGAACAUGCUUUUAAGAGAAACUAUGAAUGGUAACGAGAAGGAAUUAUUGAAAAAAUUCAACAAGAUAGUAGUCGUGGAUAUUUCACCUGUUGAUUAUACUCAAGACUCUAGAUGGGUUAUUCAAAAUCACAUCAAGGCAAUGAAAGGAAUAGAUCUUUCCAAACUUAAAACUAGAAAUCAAGCUGAGAUAAUUCUCAAAGAUUUAUCAAAUGGAAACAUUUCAAGGGAUGUUCGUUUAUUCCUUCUUACUAAUCUUAUGAGAAAAACGUUGGACGACAACUCUGUCAAAUGGGAAUGGAGAUGUAAUUUAGAUGUUAUUGAAGAAUAUUUAAUUCAAAUUGGUUCCUUCCCAUUCAAAGUAAGAGAUGAUCCUCUUGGUAUUUACGCUCAAUUAGCACCAAUUCAAUAUAAUUACGAUAAUAUUUUGUUUUUGAGAGGAGAGAAUUCAAUGUACGUCACAGACAAGUACGAGGAAAUUACAAAAUUAUUUUUUCCUCGCGCCAAAUUCAAAACAAUUAAGAAUGCAUCUCACUGGGUGCACGCAGACAAUCCAAACGACUUCGCAGCUUCAUUAACCGGCUUUAUU